CAUCUCCUCCCAUCCGAUCCUGUAGUAUUAAUUAAUUCGCAUCCAUCCACAUUAUACAUAUUGGCAUGGGUCUCCCUCUCGAGCAGUGGCGCGGCGGCGGCGGCGAGGCGGAAGGCGGCAAGAAGAAGCAGGCCGCCGACGCCGCCUCGUCGUCGUCGUCGGCGGCGGCCGGGUGCAGGACGCCCGACAACGGGCAGGCGGGACGACGCGUGGCCGGGGACUGCCCCGCCGCGCCACGGAAGAGGAGGGCCCCCGCGGGCGUGGUCGCGCAGCAGCAGCACCGCCGCGACUUCUACACCGGCGACGACGUCGAGGCCUUCUUCGCCGCGCACAACCUCUAGAUCAUAUAGAUAGUUCCAUCUCCAUCAGUGACGAUCAUCAUCUGCCGCUGCCGGCCGGUGAUGUGAUGCUGACUAGUCAAGUCUUUUUUUUAGGUGUAUAUGCUUGCUCCGUACGUAGUACGUGGGUUGACUUGGUGCCUCUGCAUGCUCCUGCAUGCUGUGUGAGGAGAGGUACAUCGAUCUGUCAAACUGUAUGCAUGCAUAUCGUGGCCAGUACUGUGAUCCACCAGUUCAAUAAAGAUUUAUUUGGCUUUUAAA